AUGUCUGCAGAACAAAAGUCCGCAGAACAAAGCAUUCAGUCAGUUAAAAAAGUUACUGUGAUUCAAAAUGAACAAGACCAAAUUGACAAUAUUCAAGUUCAAAAUGAACAAAAUAAUAAAAUUUCUGGACAAGACAAUCAACCGGCCAACCCUUCCAGUCUACCUAAAUAUUUAAGCAGGUUAACAGAUUCAUUGACUGAUACUCAGUCACAAAUCUAUGAUAAACAUAAUACUACUUUAGAAUUGCAAAUUGCUUUUUUGGAAGCGAUUCUUGAAGAACGUAAUAGAAUGAAAACUAUUAUCGAUCUAAUUGUUACUCUAGCAAGUACACUCGUCACCAUUGUCAUCAAUAUUAUCGUUGGCAUCACAAAAACUGAUGACCCACUUAUAUUGUUGCUUUUGAAUUGCAUCAUCUUCGCAAUGCAAGCUUUUACUAUAGUAAUAGCGGUAGCAAGUGUAAUAACAGCGUCUUGGGUACCAAUUGGUGUAUUGUUUUCUAAUGUUAUUCUUCAAAAACGUGAAUCAUUAUCUGCAAAUAACGAAAAAAAAGAAUAG